GAUCGUUGGUAACCCUUCAUUAUGCCGCGCCGUCGAUACGAAUGCGUUUUCCUUCUCGUUUUUCUCACCAACAGCAACAGAAACGAAAUGUGCAUGUAAUUCGGUCGUUGGUCGCUAGAAACUCUCAUUUCUAGCAUAUAUUUUUUGGCUGAACUUUUUAACAUUGGAAGCACGCUAUGGACCCGUGUUGUGAAAUUGUGAACUACGGUGUGUCUGUGAACUCAACUAUAUGUACCUAUGCUUACAGUCAAUUAAGCCUUUAAUACUAUUAUUAUGUUAUUGAAUAUUUUCUUGAACUUUUGUGCAAACAUUGAAAUGUACGAUAUUUAAUCGAUACCAUACAUACUGAAAGUGACAUGUGUAUUUGGAAACAAACUUAUAAAGUCACAAUCUUUACUGUAAAAAGUGUUUUGGGUCUAACCAGUUGGAUAAUUUCAGAAAAUAUUUCGAAGUAUUCUAACACGAAUAUAUUAAUUUAUUCAAAUACAAUAUUAUCGAUUUUUUUGAGAUAAUUAUUAAUCAAAUGUUGCGAUAUAAUUAAAAGUUGAUGGGAUUAAUCAAUCAAGCGUAAAGGAGUAAAAGAAAAAGUAUAAAUGUAUUUGGUAUAUUGAAAUAAUAAUUGUACACGAGCCAAGUUAUCUACACGUUCUUUGUUGCACAUUGUUCUCACAUUCUCUCUAAACACAGUCUAAGAUCAUGCUCUUUUCCCUAAUUCACUCUCCCCUUUUUGGUUAACAUAUGGCUUAUACAACUAUGAAAAAUUGAUAUAACUGGAAAAUAUUUCUAUGCUUACAAUUACAACAAAAGAUUUUAUAUAUUUUUGUAAUAAUAAUCUGAAUUGUAAUAACAUAUUUUGUCGCUAUAAAGAAUUUAUAUGCCCAUUACAGUAUGGCAAGUACAAAGAAAAACAGUAGUUGGUUGAUGUCAUCAUUUGAAUGUGAACCUAUCAAAAGAACACCAGGGAUUAAACGUAACAUUUCACAAGUACUAGAAACUAGUGCUUUAGAAGUAUCAAGCACUUAUGAUAUAAUGCCGAAAAAAAAGAAUGCUAAUAGCCUGUUUGCAUUGCUGGAAGCCUGUGACGCACAAAGCCCUUCUGAAUUAGUAGUUAGUAGACAAAAACAGCAAGAGAUUCUAAAUUGGUUACAAUAUAAAGUAAGGAAAGGCACACCUGCCAUAUUAAUUUUAUCUGGUCCAUCUGGUUGUGGGAAAACAACAGCUCUAAGGGUUCUUGCAAGAGAAAAUGGUUUCAAUAUUACAGAAUGGAUUACUCCUAUUGAUCAAAUUAUGGAUGAAAAUAACAGAAUAAUGAGACAAGGAGACAGAUUUGAAGAAUUUUUAAUCAGAGCUACCAGAUAUAGUUCGGUUUUAAGUAAUUAUUCUAGUCGUUUACUUCUUGUAAAAGAUUUUCCAAAUGUCUUUUAUGAGGAGAAGGAGAGUUUCUUUUCUCUUUUGCAAAGGUACUUUGAAAUUGGAAAAGAACCUAUAGUGUUUGUAUGUACAGAAGUAGGAAAUUCAAAAUUGCUUCAAACGUUAUUUUCUCCUAAUAUAAGAGAAAAAUUUGGCAUAGAUUUAAUUAAUAUAAACUCUGUUACACAAACUGCAAUGAAAAAUGCAUUAAAAAGAAUAACUAAGAUUUUGAAUUCAAUUGCUGGGCAUAUGUUACAUGUUUCACAAAAUAAAGUUGAUGAAAUAUUAUCAAAUAGCAUAGGAGACAUUAGAAAUGCUUUGUUAAAUCUAAUUUUCAUUUCAUUAAAAGUACCAGAAGAACGAGAAAAUAAAUGUAAUAUUCGAGAAGAGUCUUUAGGGCUUCUUCAUGGUGUCGGGCGAGUAAUUAAUCCAAAAAGAAUUCAAACUGAAAACAACUGGAAAUUUGUACAUGAUCCUGAUGAAAUAGCAGCUUUCUUCCAGUCACAAGCAACAGUAUUUUUGAACUUCCUGCAAGAAAAUUAUUUGAAUACUAUGGGAAACAUAGAGGAAGUAGAUAUUUCUACAAAUAUUUUAAGUAUAGCAGAUGUUUUAAAUUCUGAGUGGCGAGAUCCUACCUUAAAUAAAGUUAUUUUAUCUUAUUGCGUCCGAGGUUUAAUGGUAACGAACCAAAAACCCGUUUCUGGGUGGAAUCCUGUAAGAAAGCCACCAAGUGAUAAAAUCGAUGCGCACAAAUGUCUAGCAGCUGCCGAAAUUCGAUGGUACGAUUCCAUAAUCAGUUCAAAAUCGAAAAGUACAUUGGAACAACCCGUUACCAACAUCGAGGAGAUUAUUAUUCAAUAAAGUUCAUGGAUAAUAAGGUUGUAAUGAAGAAAGAUGUAUCGUAUAUAUUUAUUUAUGCUUUAUUUUCUACUAGAAUCAUGUAAAUGUAAAAUAUAAUAUCGAUAGAAAUCGAAUGACGCAAAUUUGUUUGAGAUUUCUUAGUUUUCGAAAUGUUUGUAUAUAUUGUUGAAUAAUAUUAUUUCAUACUAUUAUUUAUUUUGCUUAACAUCGUCUAAUAUAUAACAAUCAGUAUUUACGCAGAAAAACAAAUGUUAGCGGGAAUUACACUGAUAAAUACAAUAAAAAUACGUUUUGUGUAAUUUAUACGUCUUAAACGAAAUGCUUUAUUAUAAAUGUUCUUUCUACUAAAAUUGGCAGUUAGACAACAAAAUAAUUUAAUAUAAGAUUGUUACUCAGAAUUGUUCGACGUAGCGAGUAUUUUAUUCAAAAAAUAGACCUUACAAUCUAACUUUUCUUCAUAAAUAAUUAUUCUAAACGAUUAUACUUAGUUAACACUAUAUUUGUACAUCAAUGUAAAUUUUGUACGCUCACUAAAUAUGCUGUAAAGCGAUGUUUAUCAAACUUCUUUUCGGUUAAAAGUAGUUCAUAGAAAAAAUGCAACAACAAGCAGUCUUCCGCCUCAAAUACCUUGUAUUAGCGUUUUGUUUUAACGUAUUUAAAUACAUAAUUUGUAUUUUA